AUGGCUACAAAUGGAUAUUUACCGUCAUUGAUGUUUACAAUUCUGAAGACAUUCCCCAAAUAUUUGUUCCGUUCAUCGCACGGGGGAUCUUUAAUUUUAUGGAAGGAGAAUAGUAACAUAGUCAAAUAUAGAAAAACCCUACCAAAACUCAAAAUUUGUAGACCUGAUUUCAAAAAUAUCGAAAAAUCUCUGAAUAUUAAAACCAACGCAGAACUACUCAGAGCAAUAGUUGUGUUGUACAUAUGUUCAUUCCGGCUGAUUUCAGUUCAUUCCAUUUUUUUAAUGAAGGCCACUAAAUUUUUACUAAGAGAACGAUUAUUUAAAUAUUUGAUGAAAUCCACAAUUUACGGGCAAUUCGCCGGCGGAGAAACGGAAGAUGAGCUUGAGAAGGUCUCAUUAAACUUGAAUAAACGAGGAAUAAACAUUUUGUUAAUGUUGGCUUGUGAAGACGAUUUGGCUAGAAUUUCUGGACGUGGAAAAUAUCACAAUAAACUCUUAAUUAACCUUUCAGGGUCACUAAAUUGUGUCAAAAUUGCUCGUAAAUUGUGUGGCCAUGUCAUUCCUAUGAUUCAUUUCAAAAUGACCGCAUUUGCUCCUCAAUCUUUGUUGGUAGAACUUGGUUUAAGGACUCAAAAAGUGGAGGAUUUUCGUUUUUAUGUCUUUGAACUGCUUAAAUUGCUCAAUGAAGAUAACGUCAAAUUAGAACAGACUAUUUUCAAUUCAUUAACACCCAGCGAACAGUUGUUUUUGUCGAAUGCGGUCGGAUGUCUCCGAAAGUUUGGAGAAAGUGCAAUCAACGAGGGGGUAAGACUCCUCGUUGAUGCGGAAUACACAAUGCUCAACAGAGGAAUUCAGUUGUUUACAAUAGCUUUGAUGUUCAAGCACAACAAAGCUAAACCGAUGGUUUGGAAUACUCAUCAGUGUUAUCUAAAAACUGCAUUUGACACGUUAUUGGAGGAAUUGGAUACAGUUCAAGGCAACAAUCGUUGUUGGGGAGCUAAAAUUGUUCGGGGUGCCUAUAUGGAGUCUGAGACAAAAUCUGCCAUUUCAAAUAAAGUUCCAAAUCCUAUCAAUGAAUCGUUCGAAAAGACGUCGGAAAUGUACGAUCGAGUGGUCUACCACAUCCUCAAUAAAAUUUCCAAAAAAGAAAACAAGUACAGUCUGAUUGCAGCCACACAGAAUGAGCAGUCGAUUCUUAAAGUGGUCGAUUUAAUGGAAAAAUUAGAUAUCAACCCCACAUCCAAAUAUGUCUCGUUUGGCCAACUUUAUGGUGUAUCUGACAACGUGACAUACGCUCUGGGAAUGUCAGGGUACAAUGUCUACAAAAGUGUCCCCUAUGGACUUCUCAUGGAUGUAUUGCCUUACCUGUCGAGAAGAGCUGCUGAAAAUUCUUCCGUUCUCAACAACACGUCUGUAGAACGUGGUUUGAUGGCUAAAGAAUUGAAAAGAAGAUUUUUAAACCCCCAAAACCAUCAACAAUAA